AUGGCUUCGAGUGAAGAUUCAGAAAAUGAGUACCUUAGUGAUUUAUACGAAUGUUUAGCAGCCACAGUCAACGGUUUUUGUACUUGGCGGAGUUUCUUGCUAAAAGAAAUCUUCGAGAUGAUUAACGAGUUUCACUUUCUACGUUGUAGACCACAACAGGUCAGGUAUCAACUGUAUGGAAGCUCCGCUGAAGAUUUACACGUGGGUGUUUCGCCAGAUAUUGAUGCUAUGUUCUUUCCAACUGCAGAUGAGUUAAAGAUCGAUGACGAACUGAUCGAAUACUGUUUCCCUUCUAAUCCACUGUAUGUCAGAAUUAGAGGAACAGGUCACCCCGUUUUGCAGUCCUGUCUUGCGGAAAACACGGAGUACGUAGCGACUUCAACGUUAAAGAAUUUCCAUCCAGCGAUUUUUGGUCCAGUAGGCAUCACCAAUAACGCCGACGAUGUGAUUGCAUCUGUACUUUCUUCAAUUGCAGGUACUUCUGUUUCAGUAAAAAACAGCAUGACCAGUCCAGCCGUAAAAUGUACAUUCGCAUUUGAAUUGACGUCAGCUUUAAGAAAACUCGUUAACAAGCACAUCAAAGGGGGAGCAGAAGAGUCAGUCCCUGACAGUACUUUUUUGCCCAAUGAAGAUGAAACUGAAUAUGAGAGCACUGACAGCGCGCUUUUUGAAAUUAUCCCUGCAUUUCUAUGCCUGACAUGGCCCAUGGUUGCUCAAGAAUGGAGUAAAAGACAUCGGAAAUGGCCUUCACCUGACGUAGUCGAUAAAGUUAUUCGGGAGGGAUUUCACUUGGUCGUGAAAGCUCCAAAGAACGGUGGCAACCCAGAAUGCGACUUUAGAAUCUCUUUUUCUCAUUCAGAAUUCUUGUUAAGCCAGGAGAUGAAUGAAAUUCAGCGUGAGUGUUACCGUUGCCUAAAGACAUAUCAUCGUGUGUAUCUUUCUACAGAGGCAAAGGGUCUAAUAUCAUUUCAUCUGAAGAACAUUUUUCUGCGAACGAUUGAGGAAACCGGUGGCGAGAUGUGGAUCGGAAGCAGGAGAGCGGAGUGUAUGUGGAAACUAUUUGCGAACUUAUUGAAAGCUCUCAGGGAAAGGCAUUUGCCGCAUUACUUUGUACAGUCAUACAAUUUGUUUGGCAUUGAUUACAUUGAAGAUCCAGCAAUUCUGGAAUCGCUGACAGAGAGAGUAGAGCAGAUUAUGGAAAAUCCAGUGAAAUUUGCAAAGGAGUUGAUCCUGAUUACACAAGGUAAGCAUUCUUCACCUGUCCAAGAACAAGAACAAAUGGAUGGUCCAUUCAACAAACUACAGUCGGUCGAACUAAUGUUAUUUCCUGGGUUAAAGAAAGAAAAAACAGAACGAGUCAAACAAGAGACUAGAAGGAAGGUUUAUCAAGACACGAUAAAGGAUUUGAUCCAAGCCGCGAACAACGCUGAUGGUAUCCUUGAAAAUCUCGACCCUAUGGAAAGGACCGUAGUAGAGGAUCUGAGAGAAAUCCAAAAGGAACACUCUUCCAUUGCCAAUCUCUCCCUUCUGCUUCCACUUUUGGCUCGGUUGUUCAGCUUGUUUGAAGACAUUUGGAACUUAAAUGACAUAAACUUGAGGCACCAUGUUCUUGCCUUUGUGAAGCAGGUUACUGAAUUGUUUAAGCACUUAAUGCCGCUCUAUGAGGCAGCAAAAGGACCUGAAGACAUUUUGCGCCAUAUGUUGAAUCUUGCUUCUGAAAAUCCUUUUGAGUGGAACCUUUUCCAUCUUCCUGGCCUUGGGUUAGAGGAAGACAAAAAGGAAAUCAUUUUGACAUUGCUGAAACAUUUCGUGGAAGCGUUCCUUGGUGAUGCGAACAGUAAUGGAGAUGACAUCCCAUUAGACUGA